CUUCCUCUUCGUCUUCCUCAGUUAGUCUUCAUCUAAAUUUGUUUAAUUGUUGAUAACUUGAUAACUUGAUUGUCUUGAUAAUUGCUUGAUUGCUUCGCUAAUCGCUAGACGCCCAGUGGCCCUAGACGCUGCCUAGACGCCUACUGAGUACUGAUUAUUGUUAAUUGUUAAUUUUGUUAUAUAUUGUUGUGAUUUUGUGAAUUGUUCAAUGAAAUUCUGAAUGGUGAAUUUGUGAAAUGUUUGACACUUUAGUUCCUCUUCGUCUUCCUCAGUUCCUCUUCGCAUAAAUUAAUUAAUUAACUUAGUCUUCAUCUAAAUUUGUUUAAUUGUUGAUAAUUGAUAUUACUUGUUAGUUAUGAAUUAGUAAUACUAAAUUUGAUUCUUUGAACCCUAAAUCCCUAAUUGUUCAAUAAUCAACUCAAUUGUUCAAUAAUCAACUCAAUUUCAAUAAUCCCUAAUUGUUGUGAUUUUGUGAAUUGUUCAAUGAAAUUCUGAAUGGUGAAUUUGUGAAAUGUUUGACAAUUGACACUUUACAUACUUGUUCAAGCUGUGAUGCUGUGAUGCUGGCCUGCUGCCCUGUGAGCUUGUGAUUUCAAGCUGUGAAAUGGUGAAUUUGUUAAUUGUUCAAGCUGUGAUACUGCCUGCUGGCCUGCUGCUCGCCUAGUCGGCAGUCGCCUGCUGCCCUGCUCCACUGCUCGAGAGUCGAGAGCGUGCUCUGCGCUCACCGCUCUUCGCUUCGUCGCUUCUUCUAAAGUCUAAUCUCCUAUUCUCAUUUUGCUAAAUGAAGAGAAAACGCACUCCAAAUGAACUGCAAAACAUUACUAGCUUCUUUGCUAAAAAGAAUCCUACUUCAACUUCUCUUCCACAUCCCACACAAAAUGAACAAACUAUAUCUCCACCUCAACAGAGUGAACAAACUAUAUGUCCACCUCAAGAAAGUGAACAACAUUCAUCUCCAUCUAAUUAUUCCACUCAAAAUUCCCCUCAAAAUGAACAAGGCCAAUAUUCUCCUAAUGCCCCAAUCUUUGGUGAAAGAUUAAGUGAACAUGAAUUUGCUAAUCUUCCACAAGAUCCAGGAAAGAGGAGAAAGAUGAGUCAAUUUCAUAAAGAUGAUAGAGAUUUAGUGAGAAGAAUUUACAUUCAAAGAAAGCCUUGUCAGCCCAAAGACUUUAUAUUUCCUCAAACUUCUAUUUUUGGCAAAAACCGUCGCUUUUGUGCUAAGUGGUUUGAUACUUGGACUUGGCUUGAGUAUAGUGUGGAAAAGGAUGCUGCCUAUUGUUUCCCUUGUUAUCUAUUCAAGGAUGAAAAUGCAUUUGGAGGUGAUGCUUUUGUUAGUGAUGGUUUCAAAUCAUGGAAUCGAUCGGAUUUAAUAAGAAAACAUGUGGGUAAGCACACGAGUGCACAUAAUAAUGCAGUGUUAGCUAUGGAUUUGUUCAAGAAGCAAAAGUCAAGCAUCACACAAGCCUUGACAAAACAAACCGCUGAGAGUACAAAUGCAUAUAGGAUGCGACUUGAAGCUUCAAUUGAAUCAAUCCAAUGGCUUUUACUCCAAGGGUUGCCUUUUCGUGGUCAUGAUGAAAAAGAAAGUUCCUUAAGAAGAGGUAACUUUCUUUCACUUUUAUCCCUUAUUUCCAAAGGUAACCCUGAAUAUUCUAAAGUUGUUUUCAAAAAUGCUCCUAGUAAUUGUCAACUUACUUCUCCAAAAGUCCAAAAAGAUAUCAUAAAUGCAUGUGCAAAAGAGACAACUAAAGCAAUGCUUGAAGAUAUUGAUGGUGGUUUGUUUUCUAUCCUUGCUGAUGAGUCCGCUGAUGUUUCUGACAAGGAACAAUUGGCUCUUUGUUUGAGAUAUGUUAAUAGAAAGGGAGAAGUGUGUGAGCGUUUACUUGGUAUUGUGCAUGUUGUAAACACUGCUUCUUUGACUCUCAAAACUGCUAUUGAAUCCUUAUUAAUGGAGCAUUCUUUGUCUUUCUCUCAAGUACGGGGUCAGGGUUAUGAUGGGGCAAGUAAUAUGCAAGGUUCUAUUAAUGGCCUUAGGACUCUUAUAGAGAAUGAGUGUAAAGAAGCUUAUUUUGUCCACUGCUUUGCUCACCAACUUCAAUUGACUCAAGUUGCACUUGCUAAAAAGAAUUCAGAUUGUGCUUGGUUAUUUGUUGAUGUACUUGCACCUCUGUUGAACUUUGUGGGGGGUUCACCAAAAAGGAAAGAGUUUCUUCGUGAAAAUCAAGCUCAAAGAGUGGUGGAUGCUUUGUCUCUAGGUGAACUUGAAACGGGUUCAGGUUUAAAUCAAGAACGUGGAUUAGGUAGACCUUGUGAUACUCGUUGGGGAUCUCACUUCAAGACAAUCUUGAAUGUACUUGACUUAUUCCCUGUAAUCCUUGGUUCUCUUGAGGAUAUUGCAAAAGUAUCUGAUACAAUAGAUUCUAAUAGAGCUCAAACACUUACAAAUCUUCUGAUGUCCUUUGAUUUUGUGUUUGUGGCACACUUGAUGGUUAGUAUAUUUGCGAUAACAAAUGCUUUGAAUGUGGCCUUACAAAAGCACGAUCAAGACAUUGUGAAUGCAAUGGCCAUGGUUAAUGUAACCAAGACUAAUUUGCAAAAAAUGAGAGAUGAAGGAUGGGAUUCUCAUAUGGAACAGGUCAUUUCUUUUAUUGGUGACUAUGACAUUGCAGUUCCAGAUAUGGAGGCUAAAUAUGUUGUUCCCGGGAGGAGGUUGUUUCGAGGUAAAUGCCCACAAGUGUCUAAUUUACAUCAUUUUCGAGUUGAAGUUUUUUUUGGUGUCAUUGAUCUUCAAUUGCAAGAACUUGAAAAUCGAUUUCCCGAAAUAACUAAAGAACUACUUGUGUGUAUGUCUUGUUUGAGUCCUGUGGAUCGUUUUUCUAAGUUUGACAAGGAAAAAUUGAUUAAGCUUGCAAAAUUCUAUCCUAAUGAAUUUCCAAGUUCAGAAUUGAUAGUCUUUGGUCAUACACUUGAGAGUUACAUUUGUUCUGUUAGAGGAGAUAACAGGUUUUGGAAUUUGAAGGGUCUUAGUGAGCUUUCAAUCAAAUUGGUUGAAACGGGAUUGUCUGAAACUCAUGAUAGGGUCUAUUUACUUUUGAAGUUGGUGUUGCUUCUUCCUGUCGCAACGGCAAGUGUGGAAAGGCAUGGAAGAUAUCAUGAAUCGAUAUCAAAACAUGAAAACUCGUCGAGAACUAUUGUAAUUUGUAAUAAGUUUGCAUUACUAUUUAGUUGUCGUUUGUAG